GUGUAAGGCGGCUGUAUUCGAAAGUCAUGUUUGGGCGGGAAACAAAAGGGACGCCAUCUUGUUCUUCUUUUCUUCCGUGAAAGAAUGUGGGAAUUUCGUGGAUACCGUUGCAACAGACCCCCUGAUUGAUGUUUGAUUUCUGUGUUAUAUUAGUUUCUGAACUUUGGAGUACAUAUCACAUUAAUAGAGGCAAGAAAGGUUGACAAAGCUUCCUGGCAAAAUGUUUUAUGCACACUUUGUGCUUAGUAAAAGAGGGCCCCUGGCCCGGAUAUGGCUGGCUGCACAUUGGGACAAGAAAUUGACCAAGGCUCAUGUCUUUGAGACCAACAUAGACAGCAGUGUGGAAGCUAUAUUGAAGCCAAAGGUGAAGAUGGCACUUCGCACUUCAGGUCAUCUUAUGCUUGGUGUUGUGAGAAUCUACUCACGCAAAGCAAAAUACUUGCUAGCAGAUUGCAAUGAGGCCUUUGUAAAAAUAAAAAUGGCUUUUCGGCCAGGUGUGGUUGAUCUACCAGAAGAAAACCGAGAAGCUGCAGUUGCUGCCAUCACUCUUCAGGAAAACUUUCAUGAUUUUGAGACUGCUCUUGCAGACCUUGAGGACAUUGAUGUUCAAGCUCAGUUUUCUGUCAACCAAAGUCGUCCUGAGGAGAUUACAAUGCGAGAAGACCUAGGUUCCAUCCCUCUUAUGGGAGAUGAUGGAUUUGAUAAUCUGGAAGAAGAGGACAGCUUAGGUGGUGAAGUCAACGAUGAAGAGUUCACACUUAUAAUCCAUGGGUUCAAAACUGACUUCAUAAGCCACCCAUUAGAUUUUGCCCAAAUAUUAGACACUGUUGAAAGCACUCUCCAGAACAGGUGCAGUUGCCAGGGGUCAUGGAUAAACAUUGUUAUUAGCCAUAAGCCCACAGAAUCUCCAGUCAUAUGUAACCAAUCCCAUAUUGUACAUCCCCACCAUAAAAAUAUACGAUGUGACAGUGCUGAGAAUUAUACAAGGUCCCCAUCCCCUUUUUGUGAUAAACUCGGUUCUCCAUUAACAGACAUACCAUUUAAAGCCAAAAGGACUUGUUUAUGUUGUGCUUCAGUAAAUGAUAAAACAAGAAGCAAAUGGCAUUUUACAGCAGCAAAUGGCAGCUCACCGAACUUAAAUAUCAAUAGUAACAAAAUACCUCCAAGUUCUUCAGUACAUACCUCAGGGAUUUCACCUAUUACCAGCAGACCUAGUUGCAGUGUGUUGGGUGUUGGACAGUCACCGGCCUCACCAUCCAUUAACGAGCAUGAACCUUCCAGUUAUCUCACUGAGCAAACUAUAAAAGCUGGGUUAAUGGUCAUUUCUCCUGUCUCAAAAAGAUGGAGCACAGAUGACCCAUUAAGCAAUGCAGUGUUGUUAAGAAGAACUAGUGCUAUGUCUGCGGCCAGCUCUGGUUAUGGCAGUGAUUUUCAAAGACUACAUUCAGUCUCUUCAGACAAAGACUGCAGUUGUUGUUCGAACUGUGAAAUGGAUGCAAGUCCAACUUCCACUAUUGCACUAGGACAUAGAGAUGGCUUGAAUGUUUGCCAUUCCACAGAUGCAUUUCGCAGCCCUGAUUCGUUUUUAUCUCGAGAUGUUUCUUUUGAAAGAAGUAGUAGUAGUAUGAAGUCUCAGACAUGUCAAGCAGCACGUAGAUUAUUCGCAGCAAGCCCGCCGUCCACAAUCUGCAAAUCACGAGCUGAGAGUUAUAAGUGGCAACCAGAGACCAUUGAGCCACACAAGGCCAUUGUCAGCAGUCUGGACAGCAGUCUUGGCCUUGGUAGUGAUCCAGGUUACAACGACUUUGAUGCUGAGUCAGGGAUCUCUGAGGACAUGGGUUCCAAUGAUGAGACAAGUGACCUUGACUUUUGUCCGCCGACUGGCACUGGCAACCCAAAGGGAGAUGUAGGGUUUGAUGAACGAGAAAUAUUGCGAGAUACCUCCCAUCUUGAGGAUCCUCUCUACAAGAAUCCUGAAGUGACCAGUGCUGUUCAUAUGGAUGAUCGCGACAAAACCCUAACAAAUGACUCGCGCACUGAAAAGUCCAUGAACAUCAAUCUUGAACCUCCUGUAGAGGGAGAUGGUUAUGAAGAUGGUGUUGGUGGCUUUAUUGGUGGUGGGGCUGAUGAUGAUGGUGAUGACAGUGAUGGAAAUUUUGGAGAUGUUGAUCAAGAUUUCUUUGGGCAAGAUUUCAUGGAGACAGGUGGAUUGUUUGAAGAUACACCAAUGCCAGAGGUACCAAUAUCCCAUGAUAACGGAGAGGAAGGUCCAGCAGUGGGAAAAUCUGAUGAGCAUGCAAAAGGAUCAUCUGGAGGAGCAGCUGAUGCUGAGGAGACAGUACCUCUUCAGGCAGCAGCCAGUGCCUCUAGCAUUUCUGCUGAGCAGACCACUUUGGUACAUAACGAAGAAGAAGCUUUUGCACUUGAGCCAUUAGACGUCACGGCUGUUCCAGGUGGUAUAGAGAAAAAAGGCAAGCGAAAGCGUAAACUUAUUGUUGAUGAGCAGAAGGGUAUUCCAAGUGAAACGAUGAAGCUUCAGCUGUCUGACACCACAGACAUUGUCACCACCUUAGAUCUUGCUCCACCCACAAAGAAACUAAUGCAUUGGAAGGAAACUGGUGGUGUGGAAAAGCUGUUUGCUUUGUCAGGCAGACCCAUAGUCUCCAAAUCAACAACCUGGCUGUUCACCAAGAACCUAGUUACUAAGCCUGUGCUUGAUGACCUUGAGCUUGGUGAGGAACACCAGUUAGAUUUGUCUGCACCACUUCCAGAGAUCACACGAGAAGAGGAGAAAACAGCAGACCAGACCCGUCAUUCAGAGAUGAGUACAAUAAUUGAAGAACCAUCCAGUGUGGUUGAAACGACAACCACAAGCACCACCCGUACCCGCAGAAGUGAGAGAUCCUUUGCAGAUAAAUCUUUCCCCGCAAAGUCUCCACGACAUUCAACGGCACCUGAACCUGUGCCUCAUCUUGAACCCGAACCUGUAGUUUCACAUCACGACCUGUUUGCACAGAUCCCUGAUGUCAUUGUUGACAUGCCAGCCGAUCCCACAACAAUAGAGCCAUCGAUAGAUCCAAACCUGGAGGAGGGUCCUCCCUCUGUGGCACCGUUCUCCGUUCCACCACCGUCCAAUGCUCCCCCAUCUGUGGCCCCAGCAUCUGUUCCACCUGCAUUUGAAGAUCUUGAAGACCUGGAAGCCAUGCCAGAGAAUGAGGAGCAGGAUGAGAAGCGCCUCAACAAGCGCACACAACAUAUGCAGCAUGUUCUGAGAUCUGCAUUCAACUACUCCAGGAACCUUUCUUUCAAGGACUUGACACGAAACCUUAACCGCAAGCAAGUGGCUUCUCGUUUCUACACCUUGCUGGUCUUAAAGAAACAUCAGGCUGCAUGUGUACAGCAGACAGAGCCCUUUGGGGACAUUAUCAUCACAGAGGGACCUCACUUUGGCCAAGUGUGCUAAACAGAUUAUCCUGAAGAUUGUGGAUGAAAGGCUACUCUGUUAUUACAGCUUCAGAUAGAUUGUCACUUUCUAAAGCAUAGAACAGUGACAGCUGUGGAGUAGCCUCCGAUUGUGGUUGACAUUACAGCUUUGUUUUUGAUGCAUGGGUUCAGGGUGGUAAGAGAGAUGGUAGGAAAAGACAAAAUGCAAAAACUAGACAUUACAUUUUAAGUCUUAUAGUUAAAAACAUUUAUGAGAAUUGAAUGGACAAGAUUUAUGAAGUGUUCUUGGUGACUGGUUACAUAAUAAGUUCUUUAGUGUGAGAAUACAUUUGUACUUGACACUAAAGAAUUUAUUUCAUAUUUUUCUCAUCUUUUCAGUGGCAUUUAUAUCAAAGUCAUAUUGCAGAUCCCAUUGUCAUUUUCCUCUCAUCCAUGCAUCCUAAGGAUUGAUUUUUAAACAAAAAUUUAAAAAAAGUAAAAUUAAGACUGUGCAAUGUUUAUCCCUUAUAAUUUUCCUUCAAAAAUAAUUUGUUAAAGUUGACAAUUUAUCUCUUUGCUGUUUUAUAAAUCUAUUCAUUAUUCUUGUUCUAUUAUUUUUUUGCCCCCUUUUCCCCUACCCCUUUUGGACAGUUAGGCAGCAGGGCAAACUGUGUGCCCUUACUUUAUCCUGUGUAGUUUUUCAAUCAUUUAUCUGUUCACUUCCAGCGUGUGCAACAGUGCAUAUAUUCUCCAUUUUGUUGUUUUUACUGUUCAACAUCUCACAAUUGCUGCUCUGUUGUGACAAAAGAAAAAUUAUGAGAGUGGCUGCUUUUCCCAGUGAUGUAAUAGAGAUCUGUUUUGAAAGACAAAGAAGGGAACGCGAAGCAACACUGUUGGAGGGGAAGGUAAAUUAAAUGCACAGAAAUAGGGGAGAAGUUUAGUCUUUUUAAAAGGUACUAAAAGUAGUUAAGGUUAACCAUUUGAGUAGUGGGAGUGUCUCACUUCUGAGUUUAAAAUUUGACAGAUUUUGCUGUAUUGAUGAUAAGAACCAUUCCUGAUCAAAUCUAAAAUAAUAUAGAAAAAUAAAUUCUCCUCAGUAUGUAAUAGGGUGACCUAGCGACCAGCUCGCACUUGCAUACAAUCAAUACCUGACUCUGGAAAAGAUUGUUGAAACCUUUUUAAUUAAGGGACCUCCUGCCGUCCGCCUGCAAAAUAUCGCUUUAUACAAAACAGAAUACAGUCCUUAAACAACCGGGCUGCUUGUUGUCAAUGACUCGCAGUAUGUCUUUGUCUUAAGAAGUUUCUACUCGUUCUUGUUAGCGAUACUUCGUCUUCAGCUAGUCCUUUUCUUGCUCUCCCAAACGCUCCUUUUUCUUUUAUCGUUCUCUCAAAACCCCCAGGUCUCUUCUUCUUGUGUCCUUUUAUGACGCAACCGAGAUGCAUCAGAACUUUGUCAUUUCGCCCCUGGAAUUGCACCUAAUAUAAGUAGACCAUGCUAACAAAAUUAUUCUGGCUUAAAAAACAUGGUUACAGAUUCUGAUGAAAAGCUUUAGUUCUGUCCCCCAACCCUGAUUUUAAAAAAAAAGAAAGAAUGCAUGUCUUAAGGUUAAAGAGGCUUUGAAAGUAUAAGGAAAGGGAGUUUAUAUGUUGAUGACAUUGACUAGUUGAAUUCUAAAUACCAAAUGUAUUUACCUUUGGCUAUAUGAGCGUGUGUGAGAGAGAGAAAAUGAAAGGGAGAAAUAGAAGUUCAGGGGACUUGUACAUUAUCAUUUUAUGUCUUAGACCGAUAAGACGUGGCGUCUGUUUACGGAGCUGGCUGCCUUGCCGUAGUUGCUGGCUCUGUGUAAAACACCAAAAGUCCUCUCCUGGACAGAUAAGAGACACUGAGUAUGGAGGGGCCUAUUUUUAAAAGUUUUCAAGCAAGCAGUUUUGCAAACCUACGGCUAAUCAAGUCAUGCAUUUAUUGUCAAGUUGGUUCACUGUUGAGUCCCAAAAAAUGUGAAAAGGCUCAAAACUGAAUCAAAUGUUUCAUCCAUAUUUGUCCGUGUCCUGUGAGGAAAACCGUUAAAGAAGGAUAGCGAAUGUUUCAUAGCAGACCCAGAGAAUGUUACUGUUACCAAUGCAUUGCAGGUUCUUGCAUUUAGGCACCUGCCACAUACCUUUCCAUCUUGUUUAAUCAGCUGUUUGUAACUAGAACUUUUUACUCAUGAUAAAUCAUUUCACUAUAUCAAGAGGUUAAAAGUUUUUGUAGGUGGUCAGGUAAGAUCUUGGAUUGCUUAAUUUUGACAGUUUUUUUUUUUUAAAGGGCGUUCUGGUCACCAAUGUGGCAAGUGUUGACUGUUCUGGUUUCAGAUUUUGCCUCAGGCGCACUGUUCUUUCUCUGCAGAUGGCAUCUGUUUGCAGGUCUGGCUGCCUUGCCGUGAUAUAACUUCUGUUGCUGGCUUGGCAUAAAACACCAGUUUCUCCUCCCCUCCCCCCUCUUUUAAUUUUAAACAAAUUUUUAAAGAGCACAUAUUGAUUUGUGUUUGUACAGUCAUUUUCAUUUUUCAGUUCUGUGUCGGUGGUAAGGAGGGAUAAGGGAAUAAGAAUGCGUAAAAAUUACAUGAUUAACACGAUAAAUUAGUUACAGUCAGGAGUUAACUGUGUGAUAGGAUAAAUUUCAUUAACAGCAUAAUUUCAAAGUAUUAAUUUCUGAAUCUUUUUGAGUGGUCGCAUUUACUUUCCUAUUUUAAAGUUUGUUUUUUUUUUUAUUUUAUUUUUUGGUCACAAAGCAGACUACCUAGUUCUUCUCUUUUUUGGUUGAUUUUUUUGUAAUUUUCAAACUUAAUAGUAAUCAAAACAUUUCUCUAGAGUCUAGAGUAUUCAUUUCUCUACCAGCAGCAAGCUCAGUGAGCUUUAAAACAAUGGGUAUGGUUAAUUAGCAAUGACCAAUAUUUCUGUCAUGCAUGGACACAAAAAUGGCACCUUUGCAAAAACAAAUGCAUAGAAGGCACUGAAAAGCCACUGAUUGAAGUUAUUGAUAAAAAAAGGUGAAAUUUUUUUUAAGGUUAUUUUGUGAUUGGAGAGGGGGUUUGCUUUUCAGCAGCAUGAAAUUAUUGUUCGCUGCAUGACAUGGGUAGCUUGCAUUUGUAACAUUCUUAUGCCUGAUAAUGUAGCUAGGAGUUGGUGGCUUAAUGACGCUGAGCAUUAAAUCAGUUUUUUAAAAAGUGAGGGCAUAGCCCUUGACAACACAUUUCUAAAGAACCCUUAGAUGGGAAGGGUUAGCUGCAAUGGGCAGUGUCAUAUUUUUUAUUGGAUGUACAUAAUGAUCAUUUAAUAUUCUGUAAGACUGUUUCUACUUUUUAAUUUUUUUAAUAAUUACUGGAUGGAAGUUAGUCCUACAUUUACAAAAAAUAAUGGUAGCUUCUAAGUGGCUUGUUCUGUGCCAACAGUCAUUUAUUUACAGUGUAUGUGUUAGAGAAUUGACUGGGGGCAAGGACAUGAUUGUUAGCAUCGAUUAAAGGUUUUGGAGAUGCAAAGAGGCCUUCAGUUAAUGAUGCUGCUUGAAAAUGUGUGCCCUGAACAGGAUGUCUUAUGUGUACUCCUGAAUUGUGGCUCAAUAUAACAAGUUUUCAUCCAAAAUGUGUUCACAUUUCAGUAAAAAGUUCACAUUCUCCAUCAAAGUUGCUUAGCUGAUAACACCAAUGUCCUGGCUGUGCAUCCAUAUUGUCAUUGUACAUUUGUAUUCAUCCACUGUUUUAGUUGUAUCUGCUGUUUGUAUGUUUUGUCAUAUUCCUAUCUGAACUGUCUUUGUAGCACCACAUGAUUUCAACAUGUGUUUUGAUUUGCUGACUUGUAGCAUUCUAUUUUAUAAAAUGAAUACAUUGCAAGUUUUGAACUAAGAA